AUGACGAAACUGAAACAGUUUGUCAGUCGAAUCCACUUUGAGGAAGAUGAACCCACUGGCUCUGGUUCUGCACCUCAAAGUUACCCUAUGGCACCGGCCCAGUCCAGCAGCACAGUCAAGUCCAGCACAUCUAAGUCCUGCAGCACAGCCCAGUCCAGCAGCACAGCUAAGUCCAGCAGCACAGCUAAGUCCAGCACAUCUAAGUCCAGUAGCACAGCUAAGUCCAGCACAUCUAAGUCCUGCAGCACAGCACAGUCCAGUAGCACAGCUAAGUCCAGCACAGCCCAGUCUAGUAGCACAGCUAAGUCCAGCACAUCUAAGUCCAGUAGCACAGGCUAGUCCAGUAGCACAGCUAAGUCCAACAGAACAACUAAGUCCAGCAGCACAUCUAAGUCCAGUAGCACAUCUAAGUCCAGUACCACAGCUAAGUCCAGUAACACAGCUAAGUCCAGCAGCACAACUAAGUCCAGCAGCACAGCCAAGUCCAGCAGCACAACUAAGUCCAGCACAUCUAAGUCCAGUAGCACAGCUAAUUCCAGUAACACAGCUAAGUCCAGCAGCACAACUAAGUUUAGCAGCACAGCCAAGUCCAGUAGCACAGCUAAUUCCAGCAGCAUAGCUAAGUUCAGCUCAUCUAAGUCCAGCAGAACAACUAAGUCCAGCAGCACAACUAAGUCCAGCAGAACAACUAAGUCCAGCAGCACAACUAAGUCCAGCAGCACAACUAAGUCCAGUAGCACAUCUAAGUCCAGCACCACAGCUAAGUCCAUAGCAAAGUCCAGUACCACAGCUAAGUCCAGUAACACACCUAAGUCCAGCAGCACAACUAAGUCCAGCACAUCUAAGUCCAGUAGCACAGCUAAGUCAAGCAGCACAGCUAAGUCCAGCAGCACAACUAAGUACAGCAGCACAACUAAGUCCAGCAGCACAUCUAAGUCCAACAGCACAUCUAGGUCCAACAGGACAACUAAGUCUAGUAGCACAUCUAAGUCCGGUGGCACAUCUAAGUCCAGUAGCACAGCUGAGUCCAGCAGCACAGCUAAGUCCAGCAGAACAACUAAGUCCAGCAGCACAACUAAGUCCAGUGGCACAUCUAAGUCCAGUAGCACAGCUGAGUCCAGCAGCACAGCUAAGUCCAGCACAUCUAAGUCCAACAGCAGAUCUAAGUCCAACAGCACAACUAAGUCCAGUAGCACAUCUAAGUCCAGCACCACAGCUAAGUCCAGCAGCACAGCUAAGUUUAGAAGCACAGCCAAGUCCAGUAGCACAGCUAAGUUCAGCAGAAUAGCUCAUUUCAGCACAUCUAAGUCCAGCAGCACAGCUAAGUCCAGCACAUCUAAGUCCAGUAGCACAGCUAAGUCCAGCAGCACAUCUAAGUCCAACAGCACAUCUAGGUCCAACAGCACAACUAAGUCUAGUAGCACAUCUAAGUCCAGUGGCACAUCUAAGUCCAGUAGCACAGCUAAGUCCACUAAGUCCAGCAGCACAGCUAAGUCCAGCAGAACAACUAAGUCCAGCAGCACAACUAAGUCCAGUAGACAUCUAAGUCCAGUAGCACAAUUAAGUCCAGUAGCUCAGCUAAGUCCUGCAGCACAGGCCAGUCCAGCAGCACAGAUAAGUCCAGUAGCACAUCUAAGUCCAGCAGCACAUCUAAGUCCAGUAGCACAGCUAAGUCCACUAAGUCCAGCAGCACAGCUAAGUCCAGCAGAUCUAAGUCCAGCAGCACAGCUAAGUCCUGCAGCACAGCUAAGUCCAGCAGCACAGCUAAGUCCAUCAGCGCAGCUAAGUCCAGCAGCACAACUAAGUCCAGCAGCACAUCUAAGUCCAACAGCACAUCUAGUAGCUCAGCUAAGUCCUGCAGCACAGGCCAGUCCAGCAGCACAGAUAAGUCCAGUAGCACAUCUAAGUCCAGCAGCACAGCUAAGUCCAGCACAUCUAAGUCCAACAGCAGAUCUAAGUCCAACAGCACAACUAAGUCCAGUAGCACAGCUAAGUCCAGUAGCACAACUAAGCCCAGCAGCACAACUAAGUCCAACAGCACAACUAAGUCCCGUAGCACAUCUAAGUGCAGUAGCACAUCUAAGUCCAGCAGCACAGCUAACCAGCACAUCUAAGUCCAGUAGCACAGCUAAGUCAAGCAGCACAGCUAAGUCCAGCAGCACAGCUAAGUCCAGUAGCACAUCUAAGUCCAGCAGAACAGCUAAGUCCAUCAGCACAGCUAAGUCCAGUAGCACAGCUAAGUCCAACAGCACAUCUAAGUCCAACAGCACAACUAAGACCAGUAGCACAUCUAAGUCCAGUAGCACAUCUAAGUCCAGGAGCACAGCUAAGUCAAGCAGCGCAGCUAAGUCCCGCAGCACAGCUAAGUCCAGCAGAACAACUAAGUCCAGCAGCACAACUAAGUCCAGCCAGUCCAGCAGCACAGAUAAGUCCAGUAGCACAUCUAAGUCCAGCAGCACAGCUAAGUCCAGCACAUCUAAGUCCAGUAGCACAGCUAAGUCCAGUAGCACAACUAAGCCCAGCAGCACAACUAAGUCCAACAGCACAACUAAGUCCAGUAGCACAACUAAGUCCAACAGCACAUCUAAGUCCAACAGCACAACUAAGUCCAGUAGCACAGCUAAGUCCAACAGCACAUCUAAGUCCAACAGCACAACUAAGACCAGUAGCACAUCUAAGUCCAGUAGCACAUCUAAGUCCAGUAGCACAUCUAAGUCCAGCAGAACAGCUAAGUCCAUCAGCACAGCUAAGUCCAGUAGCACAACUAAGUCCAGCAGCACAUCUAAGUCCAGUAGCACAACUAAGUCCAGUAGCACAGCUAAGUCCAACAGCACAUCUAAGUCCAACAGCACAACUAAGUCCAGUAGCACAUCUAAGUCCAGUAGCACAGCUAAGUCCAGUAGCAUAGCUAAGUCAAGUAGCACAGCUAAGUCCAGUAGCACAGCUAAGUCCAACAGCACAGCUAAGUCCAGUAGCACAGCUAAGUCCAACAGCACAGCUAAGUCCAGUAGCACAGCUAAGUCCAGCACAUCUAAGUCCAACAGCAGAUCUAAGUCCAACAGCACAACUAAGUCCAGUAGCACAGCUAAGUCCAGUAGCACAGCUAAGUCCAUAGCUCAGCUAAGUCCUGCAGCACAGCCCAGUCCAGCAGCACAGCUAAGUCCAGCAGCACAUCUAAGUCCAGUAGCACAAUUAAGUCCAGUAGCUCAGCUAAGUCCUGCAGCACAGCCCAGUCCAGCAGCACAGCUAAGUUCAGUAGCACAUCUAAGUCCAGCAGCACAUCUAACCUGCAGCACAGCCCAGUCCAGCAGCACAGCUAAGUCCAUUAGCACAUCUAAGUCCAGCAGCACAGCUAAGUCCAGUAGCACAGCUAAGUCCAGCAGCACAACUAAGUCCAGCAGCACAGCACAGUCCAGUAGCACAGCUAAGUUCAGCAGCACAACUAACACAGCUAAGUCCAGCAGCACAUCUAAGUCCAACAGCACAUCUAAGUCCAACAGCACAACUAAGUCUAGUAGCACAUCUAAGUCCAGUAGCACAUCUAAGUCCAGUAGCACAGCUAAGUCCAGCACAUCUAAGUCCAACAGCAGAUCUAAGUCCAACAGCACAACUAAGUCCAGUAGCACAACUAAGUCCAACAGCACAUCUAAGUCCAACAGCACAACUAAGUCUAGUAGCACAUCUAAGUCCAGUAGCACAUCUAAGUCCAGUAGCACAGCUAAGUCCAGCACAUCUAAGUCCAACAGCAGAUCUAAGUCCAACAGCACAACUAAGUCCAGUAGCACAACUAACAGCACAUCUAAGUCCAGUAGCACAGCUAAUUCCAGUAGCACAGCUAAGUCCAGCAGCACAACUAAGUCCAGCAGCACAGCCAAGUCCAGUAGCACAGCUAAGUCCAGCAGCACAGCCAAGUCCAACACAUCUAAGUCCAGAAGCACAGCCAAGUCCAGCAGCACAACUAAGUCCAGCAGCACAACUAAGUCCAGCAGCACAGCUAAGUCCAGCAGCACAGCUAAGUCCAGCAGCACAACUAAGUCCAGCAGCACAUCUAAGUCCAGCAGCACAGCUAAGUCCAGCACAUCUAAGUCCAGCAGCACAGCUAAGUCCUGCAGCACAGCUAAGUCCAGCAGCACAGCUAACAGAACAGCUAAGUCCAGCAGCACAGCUAAGUCCAGCAGCACAACUAAGUCCAGCACAUCUAAGUCCAGCAGCACAACUAAGUCCAGUAGCACAUCUAAGUCCAGUAGCACAGCUAAGUCCAGUAGCACAGCUAAGUCCAGCAGCACAACUAAGUCCAGCAGCACAUCUAAGUCCAACAGCACAACUAAGUCCAGCAGCACAGCCAAGUCAAGCAGCACAACUAAGUCCAGCAGCACAACUAAGUCCAGCAGCACAACUAAGUCCAGUAGCACAGCUAAGUCCAGCAGCACAGCUAAGUCCAGUAGCACAACUAAGUCCAGCAGCACAUCUAAGUCCAACAGCACAUCUAAGUCCAACAGCACAACUAAGUCCAGUAGCACAUCUAAGUCCAGUAGCACAGCUAAAUCCAGCACAUCUAAGUCCAACAGCACAUCUAAGUCCAACAGCACAACUAAGUCCAGUAGCACAGCCAAGUCAAGCAGCACAACUAAGUCCAGCAGCACAACUAAGUCCAGCAGCACAACUAAGUCCAGUAGCACAGCUAAGUCCAGCAGCACAACUAAGUCCAGCAGCACAACUAAGUCCAGCAGCACAACUUAG